GAAAAUGGCUACUCAACGUGUGUUUCGCCUCCCGCAACGGACCUCGAUCCAUGACCUUACGGUCGGGGAGGAAAAGGUGCCAGAGCCCGCUGCUCAUGAGGUCCUCGUUCGAAUUAGGAGCGUAGCUCUUAACUUCCGCGACUUUGCUGUUUCAACUGGAAAAUACCCUUUCCCUGUCAAGGAAAAUGUUGUUCCCUGCUCCGAUCUAGCUGGGGAGGUUGUUGGAUUAGGAAGCGCAGUCGAAGACUUCAGUGAAGGCGAUAAGGUCAUUGCCUCAUUUGAUCUCAAUACCCCGUCUGGUGCUAUGCAGGAUUGGCUUCAUAGCUUGGGAGGUGUCUACGACGGAGCUUUACGACAGUUCAUUGCACUCCCUUGGGCAGUCUUGGUCAAGGUUUCUUCUAGCACCUCGCUUGGCUUCUCUCAGCUCGCUGCUCUAGUUUGCACAGGAACUACGGCUUGGAACGCUUUGUACGGAAAUAUGCAGCUAAAACCAGGCCAAACAGUACUUCUCCUAGGUACUGGGGGUGUCUCCAUUACUGGCCUCAUCCUCGCGAAGGCGGCUGGUGCACAAACCAUCAUCACAUCGUCUUCAGACUCUAAGCUGAAGCACGUUCAAGAGAAGUACGGUGUUGACCACAUAAUCAACUACAAGUCAAAUCCAAAUUGGUCGGAGGAGGUACUUAGGAUCACAGGUGGUCGAGGCGCAGACUUCAUUUUUGAGAAUGGUGGUGCUGGGACGAUUGAACAAAGCAUCAACUCCGUCGCUUAUGGCGGAAACAUUGCCGUCAUCGGGUUUCUAGCCUCAGCUGAUAAGGAUAAAAUGCCUGAUGUUGCAGCUUUGGCGUUGUCAAAAGGUGCAGUGGUCCGUGGAAUCAUGGUCGGGUCAACGGAGCACCUGAGAGAGGUGACACGGUUUGUGACGUCAAAGAAUCUCCAGGUAGCCGUUGAGAAGGAGUUUGGAUUUUCCAGGGAGGAUGUUAUCGCUGCAUUUGAAUAUUUAGUUUCGGGCCAACAUGUCGGAAAAAUAUGUAUCAACGUAGACUAG